UGUACCCACUCCAGGGUCGUCUCCUCCCGCUGCACCCCACCAAACCCGGCCGCGAUCCCCAUCUCUCUGUUUCCCACACAGACCUACGCCGAAGAAGCAACCGCCCUUCUCCCCCCCUCCAUCAGGCAGCUCGCCGUCGUCGCCAACUCAGCCAAGCCUCGAGGGAAGGAACGACACACAGAUCCGGACCUUGCUGAUGUGGCUUGUCAUUCGUUCACCUGAGAUUAAUAAACUCCGUUAGUCAAUCAUGGAACAACAACAAGUCAAGCCAUCUCUUCCCCCGUCUGAUGCUCCUAUGGAUAACCAGGAUUCAUCUCCACUUCCUGCCGUUACUACUGCUGAUCCUGUUCCACGUGCUCUUUCAAAUGAUUCUGCAACACAGGCUGCCAGUCCAAAUCCUGUUGCCCCUUCAUCUCCUUCUGCUCCAACUUCUGCCACCACACAAGAUGCUGCAGGACGCGAGUCACCAUCAUCCAUGUUUUCUACAUCAGGCUUAUCUUCUGGGGCGAAAAAUCUGAAAAUCCCUCAGCCUUCUUCAGGUCAAGAAUCACCACCAGGUAAAAAUACCGUUUCCCGUCUCGCUAGUGGCCUUGGAUUGCGGCUGUCUCCAAAAUACCCACAGCAAGAUGAGAGUGCUGAAGGCAGCACAACCCCAACUACGGCACAAGCUGGUGUUUUUGGUUCCUUGACAAGAGGCAUUGUGGAUUCCUCUAAGAAUGCUGUUAAGGCAGUGCAAGUUAAGGCUCGCCACAUGGUCUCACAGAAUAAGAGACGAUAUCAGGAAGGAGGAUUUGAUUUAGACAUGACAUAUAUUACAGAGAACAUAAUUGCUAUGGGUUUUCCUGCCGGUGAUUUGAGCUCAGGGAUUUUCGGAUAUUUUGAGGGCUUUUAUCGCAACCACAUGGAGGAAGUCAUCAGGUUCUUUGAAAUGCAUCACAAGGGGAAAUAUAAGGUGUAUAACCUUUGCUCAGAAAGGCUGUACGAUGCAUCUCUUUUUGAGGGAAAGGUUGCAUGCUUUCCUUUUGACGAUCAUAAUUGUCCUCCGAUACAACUUGUCAUAUCAUUUUGCCAAAGUGCAUACUCAUGGUUGAAGGAAGACAUAGAAAAUGUGGUGGUUGUCCAUUGCAAAGCUGGGAAAGCAAGAACAGGGUUGAUGAUCUCUAGCCUUCUAGUAUACCUAAAGUUCUUUCCUACUGCGGAGGAGUCCAUUGAAUACUACAAUCAGAAAAGAUGUGUAGAUGGAAAAGGGCUUAUUCUUCCAAGCCAGAUUAGAUAUGUGAAGUACUUUGAGCGUAUCUUAACUUACUUCAAUGGUGAAAAUCAGCCGCCUCGCAGGUGCAUGCUUAGGGGAUUUCGCCUUCAUAGGUGCCCCUAUUGGAUCAGGCCAUCAAUUACUGUGUCCAAUCAUAAUGGUGUUCUUUUUUCUACAAAGAAGCAUCCAAGAACGAAAGAACUAAUGCCAGAAGAUUUCUGGUUUAGUGCACCAAAGAAGGGAAUUAUGGUUUUCGCGUUGCCCGGGGAGCCUGGAUUAGCAGAGGUAGCUGGUGAUUUCAAGAUUCAGUUUCAUGAUCGGCAAGGAGAUUUCUACUGCUGGCUAAAUACAACAAUGAUGGAGAAUAGAGUGACACUGAAUCCAACUGAUUUUGAUGAUUUUGACAAGAGAAAAUUGCCGUCACCAGGAUUCCAGGUUGAGAUCGUUCUGGUAGAUUAUAGUGGUUCACAACCACCAAAACAAAAACCAGCUGAUGGAUCUGCUGAUAAGAAGUCUGAUGCUGAUUCCUCUACGAGCAGCAGUGCCAAAGACAGCAAUGCUGCACCUGUAGAGUCCAAGAAAGAAACUGGAAGUGAUGAUAAGGAUGAUGUUUUUUCUGACAAUGAAGCAGAAGAUGGAUCAUCCAAGGGCAGGAAGGAGGAGGUCUCCAGCAGUGGUCAAGGUGGAGCAAAUGGAGCCAAAGCUUCUGAAACAAGUGUUGCACAACAGGAGCCAUCAGCCGUUGCUAGCGGAAUCGAGAAAAUAACCAUUUCGGGUGAUCAAGGAAUUGCAAGGGCACCUGACGUUAUCUCUCUCAAAACUGAAGCUAGCAGCAAGAGCGGCUCCACCAAAGCACAACCCCCUGCUCUGGAAUCAUCCAGCUUGAGCGAGUUCAAGGCCAUCGCCGCAGACGCUUCGGUCUUCUCAUUUGGAGAUGAAGAUGACUACGAAAGCGAAUAGGGCCCUCUGCUUUUGCAGGUGUUUGGUUUGUCAUGUGUACAUUUUCACUCUUCUAAGACCCAUGAUGGAAUGUCACUAUAAAGCAACGCUGGAAAGAAUUGAUUUAUUUCUGUGUUUUGCGUUUAUUAUAGCCCUUUAAUCAAGGUGCAGUGUUGUACGUUGACCAGAUCUGAACUUGGACAGUAGCGACUGAGAAUGUUAUAGCCAUUUGAUUCUCCA